AUCUUUGAAAUCGCUGCUGCAAAACAUAUGCAACAAUAAGAAACACUUGCUGCGUUAAAAGUUUCCUUUUUUAUAGUGUUCCUGCUGUUGCCUACGUUUUUAUUCUCAUUGUUACUUCCAUUUAACCUUGAUUCAAUCUCUGCUGUAAACAAUUUACCGCUUUAACAAACCAAGAUGGCGAAUUCACUAUCAUCCGAUCAUGAACUGGCUACAAGGGCAUUUAUUGAUACAGUCAACAACGUCAGGCAGAAGAGUCGAUCAUCUCCUGUUACAUGGUCUGUUGCCACUAAAUUUCUGGCUGCUCGUAAAUGGGAUGUAGCACGUGCUGUUACACUAUACGAAGCACACGAAGCAACCAGACAACGAGAGGGACUUGUUAAUUUUGACCCUAAUCAGGAUCCUUUGAAAAGUGAGCUGAGAACAGGGAAAUUUACUGUAUUGCCAACACGAGAUCAAAGUGGUGCAGCUAUAGCUGUAUUCACAGCACGAGUCCAUUCUCCUUUGGAAUCCUCUCAUCAAACCACCUUGCAGGGUGUUGUUUAUCAAUUAGAUGUUGCGCUUGAAAGCAUUGACACACAACGAUGUGGUCUUGUCUUCAUCUAUGAUAUGUCAGAUUCUAAAUAUUCCAAUUUUGAUUAUGAACUCAGUCAAAAAAUCUUAACGCUGCUGAAGGGUGGAUAUCCAGCUAAAUUAAAGAAGGUGUUGAUUGUGACAGCACCUCUCUGGUUCAAAGCCCCUUUUAAAAUCCUAAGGUUAUUUGUUCGAGAGAAGCUUCGGGAUCGUGUGUUCACUAUUAGUGUACCGCAGCUGGCCCUCCAUAUUCCCAGGGAGUCGUUGCCAGGGAAGCUGGGCGGUACUCUGGAAGUGAAUCAUGAAGCUUGGUUGCUCCAUUGCCUCCGCUCCAUGACUAACCGGGAACAGCAUGGUGAUGGAACAGGGGAAGGGGCUGGGCCACAGUGUACCUUGACUAACGAUGGAGCUGACUUGACUUCAUCGUCAUCGUCCCUUUCCCUGUCGGUGUCAUCCAGCGUUGCUGCUGCUGCUGACGCUGCUACAAAAGCUCUUCUUGCAAAUGGAAUGGCAGGCUCUGGAUCUCAGCUUCCUCAGCAGGAUCAAGACGUUUCUAUCACAAAUGGUAAUAAUCAACCAAAAACCAUGGAUCAUGGAGAAUUUGUGCCAGAUGGUGAUGAUGACGAUGAUAACGAAGAUGAAGAUGAUGCUGAAAUAGCAUCUGCUAGUCUUAAUCCUCAUUCUUGGGAUCAUGCUGUUAAUGGAGAAGCAUCAUCUCCUGCUCCUCCUUCAUCAGCUAGCAGUGGUUUUUCAUCUGAGGAUAGUCUGCACUGUGAUAUCAGUGGUGGAUUAUCUAUUGAACAAUUUGUUGAAUAUGUUCGCAAUAGGGGACAUUCAGAACUUGUUGCUGAGUAUGUGGAAAUAAAGCUUAGGGAGGCAGAUGGAUCUUUUAACCAUGCGAGAAUGCGUCAAAAUGCACCCAAAAACCGUUAUUCGGAUGUGUUGUGCUUUGAUCAUAGCCGGGUCCUCCUUUCUCAAAUUGAUGAUGACACAUGCAGUGAUUACAUAAAUGCUAACUUUGUUGACGGAUACAAGCAAAAGAAUGCAUUUAUUUCGACUCAAGGUCCGCUACCUAAAACAUCAGUGGACUUUUGGAGAAUGAUAUGGGAGCAGCAAGUUUUGGUGGUUGUUAUGACUACUAGAGUUGUAGAACGAGGCCGUACAAAGUGUGGUCAGUAUUGGCCUCCAGAAGAAGGAGCAGCCCUCACCUUUGGACAGUUUGAGGUCACAAGUGGUGCAAUGGAACAGAAUGAUGACUACACCGUCACUUCUCUUACACUCACUAAUACUAAGACGGAAGAAAGCCGAACAGUUAGUCACAUGCAAUUUACUUCUUGGCCGGAUUACGGAGUUCCUCAAUCAGCACAGGCUAUGCUUGAGUUCCUUGACCGAGUCAGAACUCAGCAGGCUAAUAUGGUUACUGCUUUAGGAGAUACUUGGGCAGGACACCCUAAAGGUCCUCCUAUUGUUGUCCAUUGCUCUGCAGGAAUCGGCAGGACAGGAACUUUCUGCACAUUAGAUAUUUGCAUAGCCCGAUUGGAAGAUGUGGGGACUGUAGAUGUUCGUGGUACUGUAGAACGAAUAAGAUCACAAAGGGCCUUUUCUAUUCAAAUGCCAGAUCAGUAUGUGUUUUGUCAUUUAGCCCUUAUUGAAUAUGCCUUAUUAAAAGGACUUGUUUCAAAUGUUGAUCUUGCGGGGUUGGAGAAAUUAAAGGAGGAGGAUUCAGAUUGAUUGAGACCAAUAAUAUAGGGCAAUGCUAACUGCGAAUCAUUUAUUUUUGUUCCUCUGGAAAUGGAUCCCCGUGAAAUGUGGUGAGCAAAAAUCUGAAUAAUGUUUUUUGAGGAAGUAUUUAAAAUCUCCAAGUAUUUAAAUUUUGUGAAUAUAGGGGUAUAGUGCCACUGUGAUAUUGUAUGGCAGUCAUUGGCUGUAAGCUGGCACUGAUGUUGCUGUCUCAACUUGUUUCCUUAAAUGUCACUGAUAUUAUUUAGACCGAAUUUGUGCUGACCCACCGUAACCCCAGAACUGACUUUCAGCAAAAUUUCAUUCAAACAUAGGAAACUUGUUGAUUUAUCAACAUUUGUGAUUUGAGUGGUUGUGGUGUGGUGUGCAUUGUUUUCUACGUAUGUCCGGUCAGUGUUGGGAUACCAGGUGUUUAACCAGUGUAACCAUUAGUGAUUAUUCUGUUCAGAAAAUUUAAAGAGAUGCAUUUCCCCUCUAGUUGAAAUGUGAAUCAAAGCAGAAUGAAUUCUCUGGGUUAUACUAAAGCAGUCUUUGUGUAAAUGUGGGUUUGACACAUAUCGGAGUUCUGUCGUCUUAAAUAAUCACUUACCUUACUUUCAUGCGCGUGUCUUCUAGCCUUGUUUAUUUCUUGUGAUCUUUUAUGAAAGGUUCACAUACUGGGUAACUGAAUGGCACUGAUUUGAUUCAGAUAAUUUGUAACCAAUUCAGGGGAGAAUUCAUUCAUCCAAGUGGUGAAAUAGACUAAUAAAUUCUUCCUAAGGUUUGGGCCCCUACAAGCAAGGUGCUUAUUGCAAUGGGUCUUAUUUUUACUACAAACUUUUUAUAUUCUAUUUAAACGCUUUUGGAACCAUUACACUUCUUCACAAGGUACGUGACUGAUGAAUAAAACUAAGAUUUAACUUGUAGCCAUUUCUUUAAUGCAUUUAUCUGCACAAUGAAUCAAAUCAGUGUUGAAUAGGAAAAUUAUCUUCAGAGACUUCAUUGAUGGGCCACAUUGUAAACUUCUUAAUUUUUGAAUAUCUGUGUUAUUUCACCUAUCAGUUUUAUUCAUGAUUAUAUGUUCUCUUGAAAUAUUGCUAUUUGAUAAUCAUUUGUUGAAAUUCUGCAUUGUCUUGUGUAAGGGUUAACUCAUUUUGCUCUGCCUAGAUGGCAUAUGUUGAACAUUAGAUAUUACUAAUCAAAUUCUCUUAUUAAAUCUGCCAUUGAAAUGUAAUAAUAACAAUAAUUUUCCUUUAAUGACAGUGGAUAGCAGCAAAUUUCUGUUGCUGAUAUUAAUAGUUCUAGAUUGUUUAGAAGUGUUUGGCAUCUUUGUGAAGUGUGUUCCUUUCAAAAUGUGGGCAUUGCAGUAUACUAUACUUGUAUGUAAGUCAUAUGAUUGAGGUAUACCAGGCAGCCAUUUUAACCAGGCUAUUUUGGAAGUAGUCAAUAUUUUUAAUGUAUUUUAGUUUAUUUCACUUGUACUCUGCUUCAUUAUCUGGCCAUUUCUUUAUGAGACAUAUUUCAAAUCCUCGUGUUAAUUUCAUUUGUUGGUUAUGAAACAUUUGUGUAUCAGCAUGGUUGUAUUGUAUCAUGUAGCAUACUGCCACUGACAAUAAUAGUUUUGGUCAGUGGUUGUAUGGUAAUGAACUCCAGUUGAUGGAAAAGUACAUCAUGUUGAUGUACAAGAGGAAUAUCCAGUUUGUUGACGGUCUACUUCCGCAGUGUCUUGAUUAUAAUAGUAUGUUUUCCCUUAUCUUUACAAUGAUUCUGGAGCUAUGUGCCAUGAAGUGACUUAGUAGCAUGUCAUUACCUUGCACUUCUCUCAAAUCCCUUGCUUUCUUGUAUCUUUAACAAGUUAGCUACAUUAUUUUGACCAUUUGGCCUGCUGUUUCCCUCCUUUUUUGUAUUGUUUAUCCUGAUGGAAAAGUGUCAAAAAUAUUGUUUUAUGACUUUAGAUACUACUUAUGGUACAAUUGUGAGGAAAAAGAAUCCAUUGUUUAAUUUAUUAAGUGUGGCAUCCCUCUUGCCUUUCGCUAAUUUGGUAGUGUUGUGUUAGAAAGCAUCAAAAUUCAACCUUUUUUUUUUUCUGAUUUUAAAACGUAAAUCAUGUGUGGAGUUGCUUGGAGAGAAAAUUUAAACCAAAGAGAUGUAGGUUCAGUAUUUUGGUUGGUAUAUGACUGAAGUUGAACUAUUUUAUUGUUGUGUUUUUUAGUUUAGUUUUUAUUUCUUGUUUUCUUUUGGGUCUGUAGAGUAUGGAAGUUCAAAUAUGAAAGACGCAUUGUCAAGUUUCUUCAAGACUCUUUAUCUCAUAGGAAGGAGUCCUGGAAUAUUGUUUUCAGGCACUGCCUUCAUGUGUGUGUAUCAAUGUGUACAGUUCUUCCAUUUGAUUGUUCAUAAAAAGUUCCAUUGGAAUUUUCCUGUAGUACGUCCGUGCCGAUAUGACCACAUGCGAGGUCAAACACGACCCUAUGUUAAUGAGUAGUAGGUCUUAAAAAUCUCGACAGGAGGGUGUUAAUUUUGUGCAACAGAUUGGAAAAUACCUUCCUUAUAUAUUUUAAUUUGAUCAAAGGGCUUAUGCCUGGACUUGAGUUCAUCCCUAUAUUCAUUCUCUUGUCAUUCAUUGAACUUCAAACACUUGUUCUGGUCCUUUUCAAUUCAGAUUAUUCUUGCGAACUUGUAUGUUUCCUUGUGAGUACACUAGUGUGCAGCUAUGUCAGAAUAUUUAUUGUUGUUUUCUCUUUAUGUUGAUUAGAAUGUUUAUGACUGCUACCAUAACUAACUGCCCCUGCAAUUUGCUACUCUUAAUACAAAUCAAUCUAUGCAAACAAAAAUAUUGGUGGUCUUUUGAACACCUUAUUAAUGAAAAUGUGAUAUUGAACUCGAGUUAAUAAUGUGUAACUAUGCUUUGUGAUGUACUGAUUAUUUAGGUUAUGGUCUGUUUGAAUUUACCUCUUACUGUCACGCCAUUCAUCUGUCAUGCUUUGUCAUUCAAUAUUUAGAGCCACCCUUGUAUGUUGCGAUGAAAUGCUCGUGUCAUUUGUUUAGCACCAAACUUGUCUAAGAGUCUCAAGUUAAAUGUGUAUAUUUAACUUACCAUUCGCAGAUGCGGACUUUUCUGAGCUGCACUGACUGGAUAUGCGUGGAAAUAUAUUUCAGUUUUAUCUUGUUUUCUUUUUCUAUUAUAAAUAGAUGUCGGAUAAUUAUUUUAUUUAAAUGUGUAUAUAUUAAGAAUUAAUAUAUAUUAAUUACAUACUGCA